GUCACAGACGGUCCAAGAUGGCGACUCACAUGUCGAAGUGCAGGAGCCUCAGUCGGGUUCAAAGGUUUGGGAUCGCAGCAUACAGGAAGUACAGCAGUGGUGGUGGCUACCCAAAUAUCUCCCUGUCCACGCCUCUGCCAGGGAUCCCCAAACCGGUGUUUGCCUCCGUGGAUGGUCAAGAAAAAUAUGAGACCAAGAUAACAACUCUAGAGAACGGCCUCAAGGUUGCCUCUCAGAACAAGUUUGGUCAAUUCUGCACAGUUGGAAUUUUAGUGAAUUCAGGCUCCAGACAUGAAACAAAGUAUCCAAGCGGAAUAGCACAUUUUUUAGAGAAACUCUCAUUUUCUUCCACAGCACAGUACGGGAGUAAAGAUGAAAUUCUGCUCACGUUGGAAAAACACGGAGGCAUCUGUGACUGCCAGACUUCAAGAGACACCACCAUGUAUGCGGUGUCCGCUGAAGUGAAGGGUCUGGACACUGUGGUCAGUCUUCUCUCGGAUGCUGUAUUGCAGCCUCGCUUGCUGGAUGAAGAGAUCGAGAUGACCAGAAUGGCUGUGCGCUUUGAACUUGAAGAUCUAAACAUGAGGCCGGAUCCUGAACCGUUACUUACCGAGAUGAUCCAUGCUGCCGCAUAUCGAGGAAACACGGUGGGGCUGCCACGCUUCUGUCCUGCAGACAACGUGGACAAGAUCGACAAGAACGUGCUUCACAGCUACCUGCGCAACUACUACAGUCCGGAGCGCAUGGUGCUGGCCGGGGUGGGCAUCGAGCACGAGCAGCUGGUGGAGUGUGCCAGGAAGUACCUGCUGCACGUGAAGCCGGUGUGGGGAGCGAGCUCAGCGACCAGCGUGGAUCUCUCUGUGGCUCAGUACACUGGAGGCAUCAUCAAGAUGGAGAAGGAUAUGUCUGACGUGAGCCUCGGCCCCACCCCGAUCCCCGAGCUCACCCACAUCAUGAUCGGCCUGGAGAGCUGCUCCUUCCUGGAGGAAGACUUCAUCCCAUUCGCAGUCCUCAACAUGAUGAUGGGCGGAGGCGGCUCGUUCUCUGCAGGGGGGCCGGGGAAAGGCAUGUUCACCCGCCUGUACCUGAACGUCCUCAACAGGCAUCACUGGAUGUACAACGCCACCUCGUACCAUCACAGCUACGAGGACAGCGGGCUGCUGUGCAUCCACGCCAGCGCAGACCCCAGACAGGUGCGGGAAAUGGUGGAAAUAAUCACCAGAGAGUUUAUUCAGAUGGCUGGCAAUGCAGGAGAGAUGGAGCUGGAACGAGCCAAGACUCAGCUGAAGUCCAUGCUGAUGAUGAACCUGGAGUCCCGGCCGGUUAUUUUUGAAGACGUCGGUCGCCAGGUUCUCUCCACAGGAAAGAGAAAGCUGCCACAUGAGCUGUGUGACCUUAUAAGCAACGUGACGGCCGGGGACAUCAAGAGAGUGACCACCAAGAUGCUGCGCAGCAAGCCGGCGGUGGCGGCCCUCGGCGACCUGACGGAGCUGCCGUCCUACGAGCACAUCCAGGCCGCCCUGUCCAGCAAGGAUGGACGUCUGCCCCGCAUGUACCGCCUCUUCCGAUAAGCUCGCCCCCAAAGAAACGUGACUCUUUUACGCUAGCGUUCCCUCCCCACACAGAAGAGGCCCCCCCCACUUCCAUGGGAGGGGACUAAGACCUGGGCUCUGACCCCAGUCCUCCUGAUAGAGGAGAUUCACAAGCAAAGUCACAUCGUAGUCUGCAGAACACCUGGAGAGUCAGUAUUUAUUGUUAAUGAGCAGAAGCCAUGAUGGAGUCUGGAUUUAAAGUGACAGUUCACCUCAAUACAGAAAUUACUGUUCCCUCCAAACCUGUUUUCAUGUUCCAUAAGAUCCUAACAAAGUCUUCACUGUUACUCUCCAUCCUUCGUGUUCCUCCUAACAGCAAAAUGAACCCGUAAAAUAUCUGAAUAUUGAUGCAAUAGUGGAUCGUAAUGGCACAGAAGAAUCCAGUGCAACAGUUCAUAGAGUAAUUAUAAGAAGCCCUUUGGUAAUGAUCUGUUACCAACUUUGUGGUUCGACUGAGAUUCUGCUGUCUUCAAUGUGAAGGCCUCAGGCUGAAGAUAAGCAGAGUUAUGAGGGUCAAUUAAAGUUGGGUAUUUUGGCGGAUUGUGAGAUUGAUCCAGUUCAUAAUUGAGUUUCAGUUGUAACUUUUACUCUUUAAAUGAAAGCGAGCACUGCCAUGUUGUACCCAUACACCUGCGUGAUGCAGUAAGAAGAGACUAAUUCACUAGAUUAUUUUUUGUUUUUCUUUGUUUUCCACUUGCUUUCAGGAAGCAAAUUCUAAUCUGUUCUGUAGACUGCCACUAAAGGGUAAUCGCACGGGUCUUUAUACAGUUGAUCAGCUUGUUGAGUGAACACAAUGUUGCGUGAACACUGGAUACAGGAUAAACAGCGUUUGUACUGAAAAACAAGUUUUGAAUGAAAGCAGAAUCUCCGCUACAAGCAGUAUCAGUCUUCUCAUCUCACUCUCUGCCAGAAUAGCAAUCACAAAAAAGCUUUCUCCAAAGCUUUCUUUCAAAAAAGGCAUUUCCUUUGCCUCAUUAACUUUUCACAUGUCUUUACAAAGCAUUUAAUUCUUCCUAAAGACUUCAGACCAGUGGUUUUCAGAGUGUGUGGUGGGCCAGCCCAGAGGGCUUCAGAGGGUUGUCAACAUCGGUUCGUCCUUUAAAUUAGAGAAAACAUUUUGCUAAAAUCUAGUGAUUAUUUCAAUAAAAUACAUUUGAGACAAAUCAUUUCUUCCACACUCUGAAAACCUCCAUGUCUGUGGUUCUGACUUCAGUGAAUAUAUAACAUGUGUUAAUGUCCUUGUACCCACUGGUGAAUAAGACUUUUUGUUUUCAACUUUUUAUCCCAGUCCGGGUCUCAGGGACAGCAGUCUAAGCAGGGAUGCCCAGACUUUCCUCUCUCCAGACACUUCCUCCAGCUCUUCCAGGAGGAUCCCGAGGUGUUCCCAGGCCAGCUGAGAGACAUAGUCUCUCCAGCGUGUCUUGGUCUUCCCCAGGGGCUCCACCCAGAGGGACAGAACCGGAACACCUCCCCAGGGAGGCGUCCAAGAGGCAUCUGAAACAGGAGCCCGAGCCACCUCACCUGGCAGAAACAGCCUGAUUCACCAGGAUAUGGCCUUCCCCUCUGUUGUGGUUAAGCCAUUAACCACAUUCUGGUUUCUGGUUUUCUGGCCUCCUCAAACUCAUCCCAGACCCACGUUUUUACCUCCAGAACUGCGAGGGCUGCAGCCUGCCUGGCCUGCUGGUCCCCGCCAGCUGCUUCAGGAGUCCCAUGAGUCAACUAGACUCGACAGGACUCCUUCAGCUUUCUGGCAUCCCUUAUUUCCUGUGUUCACAAUUCGGGGGCUGCCACCGUGGCAGACACCAGAGACCUUGCAACCACGUAGCUUCUGAACUGCUCUUUGCCUGGCCCAUCACUCAGGACCUGAGAAGAAUCCGAGGUUUUUUUUUUUUCUUAAAAAGGCAAGAAAUAAAUCCUGAGCAGAAAGUUAUGGUAUGAAAAAGUGGAAAAAUUUGAGGUAGUGCCGAUGAGUGGAUCAGACCAUCUGUGGUCCGAGGAAGGAAAACAAUAAACCAGCAAUGAGGCCACGGGCUGAUAAAGCUGCUUAAUGCACGUUGGGGGUGAAGACUGCAGACAAGCUACAGUAGCAAAAUCAUCUACCGUACAUUUUUCAACUGAAUUAGAAAAUACCUUACAAUAGUAGCCUGGUGUUAAGGUGGCUGCUGUGUCACCAACUUGUUACACAGACGGUUUGGAAUGUAUGUGAAAUGCAGAGUAAAUAAUGGAUUCUCUCAAACUAUAUUUCCCCUUUCCACAAUGUUAAUAAAUGUGUUU